AUGCACAAAAAUGAUUUGCAAGCUUUGGUUGUUGAUAAGCACUUUGUGGACCACAAAUUAUCCAAGACCAAAGCAGGAAAAAAUUUUAGUGCAAUCAUAUUAGAUAAUCGGUUUUGGAAUGACUGUUAUGAAGUUGUAAAGAUUGUAUCUCCUCUGAUAAAAUUAUUGCGAAUUGUGGAUUCAGAUGAAAAACCUUCAUUGCCUUAUGUUUAUGAAGGCAUACAAAGAGCAAAAUUGGCAAUUAAGGAGAUGUUUAAGAAGAAUAAGGAGAUGUAUAAGCCUUAUACAAGAAUUAUCCAAGCUCGAUGGGACAGGCAUUUGAAAACCAAUCUUCAUGCAGCAUCGUACUUGUUAAACCCUGUAAUCACAUAUGGUCCAAACUGUCCUAGCAAGUCAAAAUUAAUGAUGGCUUUGAUUGAUGUGGUGGAGUCUUAUUCAGAUGAAGAUGUUGAUGGCUUUCUGGUAAUGAAACAAACAACUACUUAUCGUGAAGGCAAAGAAUCUUUCAGUAGACCCUCAUAUCAAAAAGCUGCACAAAAAUUAGACCAUUAUGAGUGGUGGACAUAUUAUGGUUGUUCAGUUCCAGAAUUGCAGCGCGUUGCAAUGCAUAUUCUUAGUCAAACUUCUGCUUCUUCUGGUUAUGAGAGGAAUUGGAGCUUGCUUGAGAGAAUUCAUACAAAAAGAAGGAACAGAUUGGAACACAACAGGCUGAAUGAUUUGGUUUUCACAAACUAUAACCUGCAAUUGAAGCAUAGGUACUCUUAG